AUAAUCUUUGCCGGCGCGUGUCCACUUUUCGUCUGCUGGCGUGGCAAAGGAUUUGGAGCAAACUUUCUUGAAAUAGCCGACCGCAUGUACUUUUGUUCUUAGAAAAAUGAUUCCCAAAUUGUUCCAGUGGCUCACUGGCGUCAGCCUGCUGAUGUCAGUAUGGUUCAGCAUAGUCUUUGGCUACGUGAAACUUGAUAUGCCAGGAAACUGUCUGGAGGUUGUGCAAGUGAUGCCCCUGUAUCUGCUGAUGUGUUUUGCUUGUUACUCUUUGGCUGUGGUGGGAUAUAGGGUGGCGACAUUUAAUGACUGUGUGGAUGCAUCAGAAGAAUUAAAAAGGCAAAUAAAGGAAGCCAGAGCUGAUUUGAAGAAAAAAGGAUUUAAAUAUUUUGACUAACAACGAUCAAUAAAUUCACAAAAAUA